GUCUACGUCACUUCCUGGAGCUGCGUGGCUAGUUUCUGUUAGCUUGGAGCAGAAGGCACGAGUCGUCCGUCCAAACAUGUCGUCGUCCUCUAGUCGUGUUCUGGUGGUGGGCGCCGGUCUGACGGGCAGCCUGUCCGCCUGCCUGCUCAGGAGGGAGCUCAAGGACAAAAAUGUCCACAUCGUCGUCUGGGACAAAGCCCGCGGAGUCGGUGGAAGGAUGUCGACCUUCCGCCCUCCUGACCCUUCAUGCCAUUCAGCCGACCUUGGAGCUCAGUACAUCUCGGCUACCCGCGAAUAUGCACGCUCGCACCACAGCUUCUACACGGAGCUGCUGGAGGAGGGCAUCCUGCGUCCGCUCGACUGCGCCGUGGAGGGCCUGCGACACAAAGAUGGCAGCACUGACUACGUGGCGCCGUUGGGCAUGAGCAGCGUGGUCAAACACUUUCUGCGCCACUCGGGAGCCGACUUGUUCUUGGAACAUCAGGUGAGCGGCCUGUAUCGCCGAGGCUCCUCCUGGGAGGUCCACAGGAAGCAAGGCGACAGCCAAAACUUUGACUCUGUGCUCUUGACCAUCCCCGUCCCGCAAAUUCUGCAGCUUGAAGGGGACCUGGGAGACGUUUUAUCUGUCCAGCAGAGGGAGCUAUUGCACGGCGUGUCAUACUCAUCCCGUUUCGCCUUGGCGCUUUUCUUCCCUCCCGGGACCGAUUUGGGUGUGCCCUGGGGUGUCCGAUACUACAACAACAGGGAGCUAUUGCACGGCGUGUCAUACUCAUCCCGUUUCGCCUUGGCGCUUUUCUUCCCUCCCGGGACCGAUUUGGGUGUGCCCUGGGGUGUCCGAUACUACAACAACGACGGCGACAACUCCAAAAUUAUAUGCUAUGCAACCGUGGAGCCUCGCAAACGCUGCACAGAUGGGGGCGCGGGCCUAGGGCCAUCCUUAGUUGUCCACACUGGCGUUCCCUUCGGUCUGCAGAACCUGGAGCGUAAUGCCGAGGAAGUGCAGCCAAUUAUCUUGGGGGAGCUGAACCGUCUCCUCCCUGCACUGCCACAGCCAAUCAGCAUCAAGUGCCACAAGUGGAGGUACUCGCAGGUGGCAAGCGCGGUGGCGGGCUGUCCGGGUCACAUGACGUUGUCGGAGCAUCCCCUGCUGGUUUGCGCCGGCGACGCCUUCACCCACUCCAACUUCGACGGCUGUCUGACAUCUGCGCUGAGCACACUUGAGGCAUUCAAAGGCGUCAUGUGA